UUUUAAAAUAUUUCUGUGCUAUUAGGGUCGUAGGCGGGUCCCUCGAGGGCACCUACCUCAGCACGUCGCGAUACGGCAAUGGAGUGCAUCGAGUAGACUUUACAAACCAACAAAUGAGAGGCGAGACUCCCCUUCCACUUGGCUCCCGUGUUGUUAUGGUGGACCGCCUUUCCCGCGCGGCCGUGCGCCCGUUAACCGUUUCCCGCCAAAGUCGGCUCAACAAUCGCCCGAGACAGCUGGUCGCAGGUACCGUGUAACUAGUACCUGAGCCGGGUACGGCGUGGAGUUGACGCGCAAACUAGCGCGUUAAGUCGUCCGUUCGCCUCUACCGUGUUCCCUCGCUCUCUCUCGGUCGUCGCCCGCGUCCAGCCCAGACAUUUUUCCCCUUCUUCGCCUGAUAACGGAGACCUUUAUUUCGUGGAGCAUGUCCUUCAAAGUAAAAACCACCGACGGAAAGAGGGAAAUAUCGGUGAAGCUCACGAAGCUGACCACUGUGGAAGAUUUGAAGCGCGAGGUUGAAAAACGGCUGCACGUUAAGGAGGACUUGCAACGAUUGUUCUUCGCCGGGAAGCAAUUGGAAAAUGGCUAUCACCUCGAUAAUUAUAACAUAGCUUUCAAUGACAUCGUGUUGCUUAUGGUGAAAGCCAAGGUAAAUAAUGUUGAGAGAAAAAGUUCCGUCGGUGAAGAAAGCACAAAGGAGAAGGAAGAUGGCGAGCAGGAGGAGGAGGAAGAGGAGGAAGCUGAGAGCUUGUAUUACAAAAUUGGAGACGCGGUGGAUUGUAGGGAGGAGAGAACUGGUGCCUGGUUCGAAGCUAUUGUAAAAUUUAUUUAUAAAAAAGGAGACGAAACGUUCUGUAAGACAUUUUGGGAGUUUGAUCAGGUGAUACCUCCUUGCAAUGUACUUGAGGCUAAUGUGCGACCGCGCGCGCGACGCUCCAUAACGGUCGACGAAUUAUCGGUUGGUCAGACAGUCAUGAUUAAUUAUAACACAGAUGAGCCCGACAAAAUUGGACUGUGGUACGACUUUACGAUAUCCGAAAUAAUCAACAAAACGAGGAGGUGCACGCUGGCUGGGCGAUUGCACAUAGGGAGUGACAGCGCGAUUAACGUCCGGACGGAAGUCAAAGAAACCAUAUACGCAAUAGAAACACCUAAGUUAUUAACAGCUAGAACUGCAGAAGACGAACAGUUCAUGAUAAGUAGCGGCAAAAAGAGAGCUGUGGAUCCUGCUUGCAAGGAGUGCAAUGACAAUCCUAACAGUGACUGUCGAUCGUGCGGCUGUAAAAUCUGCGCAGGCAAGGAAGAGGAAAACACGCUUCUGAUUUGCGACGAGUGUGACGAUAUGUUUCACAUGAAAUGUCUGACUCCACCGCUUCUGGAACUGCCGCAGGAGGCUUAUUGGUACUGUCCUGAAUGUAAAAUCGACGAAAAUGAAAUAGUCAAGGCAGGGGACAAACUGAAAGGAACGAAAAAGAGACCCAUCCGAAAAACUGGCGAAAAAGAACGAAAUUGGGGUGGUGGAAUGGCUUGCGUUCGGAGGCAGCAAAUUUGCUACAUAGUGCCCGAGAAUCAUUGCGGGCCAGUUCCGGGUGUGGACGUUGGUACGACUUGGAAGUUCAGAAUACAGGUUUCGGAAGCGGGAGUGCACAGACCGCCCGUAGGCGGCAUCCAUGGACGAGCAAACGACUGCGCGUACUCUAUCGUUUUAUCGGGCGGAUACGCUGGGGACUACGACAAUGGUGAUGAGUUUCUGUACAGCGGCUCGGGUGGUAGAGACUUGUCAGGUAACAGGAGAACCAACUCACAGAGCAAGGACCAGGAGCUAAACAGAAUGAAUUUGGCACUGGCUAGGAAUUGCAACGCUCCUGUGAACUACGAAGACGGCGCGGCAGCCUCCAAGGACGACUGGAAGAAGGGAAAGCCCGUCCGAGUCGUACGAAAUUACAAAUUAAAGAGUACUUACGCACCGGCGGACGGGAACAGAUAUGAUGGUAUAUAUAAAGUGGUUAGAUACUACCCGACCAAAAGCUACGGCUUUCUCAUGUGGAAGUACGUAUUAAGACGGGACGAUCCCACGCCAGCGCCAUGGACUAAGAAAGGAAAAGCGAGAAUCGAUUUUCUUGGCUUGAAGCUGUUGUAUCCUGCUGGAUAUCUCGAUUCGACGGAAUCGUUUAGUCAAAGCGGAGGUAAGAAACGAGGCAACAGCAGCAAUACCGAUGACAGUGGCGAAGAAGACAACGCCGUGGCCGUGAAAAAGUUCAAGAAAAUUAAGUGUGCCUUUGAUCUGGAUGACGAAUUGAAGUCCUUAAUAAAAGAUGAUAAGGUAAAUGCUAAAUUGUGGGCCGACUGUAAAGCGACUUUGAUCGAUGGGAAACCCGCCUUCUUGAAUUGCGUCUCGGAAAGAUUUAAGUGUGUUUGCUGUCUCGGAUUACUUUACAAUCCUGUAACGACUCCCUGCGGGCACAACAUCUGCUUGAAAUGCUUAAAACAGAGCUUUGCCUCUGAACUUUAUAUCUGUCCUACAUGUCGGUACAAUCUAGGCAAAACUUACGAAAUGACGGUCAAUCAGACAUUAUUAUCUGCAUUACUAUUAAUUUAUCCUGGCUACAAGGGCGAACGGUAAUGUUAUCUUCGUUCAAUAACAUAUGAAUUGCUGAUUUGGUUUGUACGAGUUCAGUUUGUUCAAGUCAUAAGGCUAUAUCGAAAUUAUAUUGAAUGCGUUUAUCUAAGUUAUAAGUGUCUAAGCCUGCGAUCGGUUUUCGGUUGAUUUUGUCGAUACUGUCAUUCGUAUUUAUUUCAUAAUAUCUCUAUCUUGGAGACAGUAGCCUGUAUCCAUGAUACUAGGUCUCUGCUCAAGAAAUGUAUAGCCAAUUUGCAACUUUGGGGAUAAAGGUCAAUUUUAUUGGCUACGCAUUUCUUGAAAAUCUCGGAUUAAAAUCCAAUAUCGUGGAGAAACAAAGGACUUCAGCUGUAAAGGAUUUUGACGCGUUGUCACACAGGGAUACAAGAGGAGUAGAGAUGGCAGUAGGCAAAAUUGAUCGCAGUGUUAAAAAUUUGAGACCACUCUAGUUGUCUAGAUUUUGUAGUGGAGAAAAAUUGACAAUUCUAAUUUGGAAGUUAUAUUUUUAUAUAGAUUUCGUGAAACGUUACAUACAGGGUGUCAAAUUCGUUUGUGACCCAAAAAUUAUGGUAGUGAUUGCAUCAAACGGAAAGAAAAAGUUAUAUACCAUUUUGCAAAAUUCGUAAUAAUUAUCGUGAGAUUAAGAAAAACGUCUAAGCGAAUAAGCGCACGGAGUAGCGGAAGGUCGCCGCUCGAGGCGGCGAGUAGGGAGGCACCGCUUAAACCCAAUGUCCACGAUGCUAGAACUUGGUCCAAGUUCUAGUUUCGAUAAAUGUGUGGCCAAUCAACUUGCA